AUGGAGGAAAUUAUCAAGCUUUAUGAUAGUGUUCCUCUACCAUACAAGUACGUAAAUGUUCCAAGACCCAAUGAACCACAAAAUAAGUCGUCUUAUCCCAUUGCAUAUUAUGUAAAUCAAGUAAUUACUAACCUGACCAGAAGUGGAUUCAAACAUUGUGGUUUUGCUGUUACUGAAGAUAAUCGAACUUGGAAUGCUUCUUGGGGUCGUCAGUAUCAAGCAGAUGAAUAUCAAAGAUGUAAAAGCUGGCAAAAAAUUAAUCAUUUUGCCGGUGCUUUUCUAAUGGGUAGGAAAGAUAAUCUUCAUAACAGAAUGACAGAGUUAGCGAAACGUGGUCCAGGUCUUGCUGAUUUUUACCCUAAAUCAUAUUUACUUCCGAAUGAUAAAGAUGCUUUCGCAAAAGCCUAUGAAAAAACCAAGCUUUGGAUUGUUAAACCUUCAGCAUCUUCACGUGGACGCGGAAUUCAUCUUGUUUGCAGUGAAAAAGAUCCAAUCCCAACUCAAGCAGGAAUUGUUCAAACAUAUAUUGAGAGGCCAAUGCUUAUUACAAAGAGGAAAUUCGAUAUCCGACUUUAUGCUCUUAUUACUUCAUGCAAUCCUUUGAGAAUUUACAUGCACCACUCUGGCCUUGCCAGAUUUUGCACACAUCCAUACGAUAUCAACGGAGAUUACCAAGAUGAUCAUAUGCAUCUUACUAAUUUCUCGAUUAACAAAGAAGAUGAUCAAUUUAAGAGAUGUGAUGACGGAGUUGAGCACAUUGAAGACUCCAAAUGGUCACUUCCUUUCUUCCUCAAGCAUCUUCGCGAUACUGGUAUCAAUACAGACAUGAUAAUGGAAAAACUCGAACAUGUUACGAUUAUGACCGUAAUUGCCGGCAUGUCAGAGAUCAGGAAGUACCACGAAAAGCUUAUUCCUCAUCGUCAUGCAUCAUACGAAAUGUACGGUAUCGAUAUCAUGCUUGAUGACCAAAUGAAUCCUCAUUUCAUUGAAAUUAACAUCAGUCCAUCCAUGUCAGGUCUCGAUUCCAAGCUCGACCAAGAGAUAAAGUUCCCUCUACAGCUGGAUCUCCUCCGCAUGGCCAGAAUCAUUGAUUGCAAUCCGAAAUUAAAGAAUCCAUGUCCAGCAGUAGACAUGAUCGACCAAGAAUGGCGUGAAACGAUGACAAAGAAGAGAGUAAGUGAUAUCCAAUCAGGUGUUGAUGGCUGGGAAGAUCCAAAUUUCGGAGAUUUGACAAUGAUCAGGGAUUACGUCGAAGAACAGCCAAUUCUCGGUGGAUUCAGAAGAGUCUUCCCAAAGAGAAAGACAAUGGAUAGAUUCAUCCCUGCUUUCGGAGAACUCACGUAUCGUGACAGAAUGUUCCAGUCCUGGAUAAGAAAGGAUAAUCAGGGACGUUUAGAUGCGGUUAUGAAGAAUUUUGAAGCAUAUAAAAACGAAAUUCAGAGAAUUACAAAAGAUUCUCAAAUUAUUAUGAAAAAUAUGCAAUAG